AUGCGUCCCGUCGCCGCCCGGCCCCCGCUGCCCGCGCUCCUGGCCCUGCUCUGGGCUCUGCUCCCAGGGCCUGGAGGUGCCCAAACAUCAGUGCACCCCAAGGCAGUCACCAUACCCCGGGGCGGUUCCGUGGUGGUGAACUGCAGUACCUCCUGUGAUCAGCACAAACUCCUGGGUCUGGAGACUGUUUUGAAUAAGAAAGAAGUGGCCAGCGGAUCCAACUGGGAGACCUAUGAACUGAGUUCCGUACAAGAAGACACCACUCCCUUCUGCUACUCCACCUGCGACAACAACGAACAGUCCCAAGCUACAGUGUCCCUCACCGUGUACUGGCUCCCGGAGCGUGUGGAGCUGGCACCCCUUCCCCAUUGGCAGCCUGUGGGCAAAAAUCUCACCCUGCGGUGCCAGGUGGCGGGUGGGGCGCCCCGGACCAACCUCUCCGUGAUGCUGCUCCAAGGGGAGAAGCUGCUGAGCCCGCCGCAGCCCGCGGGGGGGACGCCUGUGGCUGAGGUCACGGCCACCGUGUUGGCACGCAGAGGCGACCAUGGCACCAAUUUCUCCUGCCGCACAGAACUGGACCUUCGGCCCCAAGGGCUGGGACUGUUCCAGAACAGCUCAGUCCCCAGGCAGCUCCGGACCUUCGUCCUGCCGGAGCUCCGCCCACACCUCGCUACUCCCAAGAUCCUGGAAGUGGGCACACGGGGGUCCGUGACCUGCACCAUGGAUGGGCUGUUCCCGGUCUCAGAGGCCCAGGUCCACUUGGCCCUGGAGGACCAGAAGCUGGAACCCACAAUCCACUACAGCAAGGACUCCCUCUUGGCCACCGCCCGGGUGGAGGCGAGCCCGGGGCAGGAAGGCCUCCACCCGCUGACCUGUGCGGUGAGCCUGGGAAACCAGAGUCGGAGGACUCGGGAGGAUGUGACCAUCUACAGUUUCCCAGCUCCCAACCUGACCCUGAGUGAGUCUGAAGUCCCGGAGGGGACUAAGGUGAGCGUGGAGUGCAAGGCCCGUGCUGGGGCUGCGGUGACGCUGAGCUGGGACCCAGAUGGGUCUCCACUUCCGAAGGCCGAAACCACGCUGAAUGCCACUGCUGAGGACGACGGGCGAGAAUUUUUGUGUUCCGCCACCCUGAUGGUGGCCGGGGAGGAGCUGCACAAACACAAGACCCAGAAGCUCUCUGUCUUGCAUGGCCCCCGCCUGGACCAGGAGACUUGCCCAGGAAACUGGACUUGGGAGGAAAACACCCCGCAGACCCUGAGAUGCCAGGCCUUGGGGAACCCGACCCCCAUGCUGGCCUGUCACCGGGAAGGGGAUAGGGCGCUGCUGCCCAUCGGGGACCUGAGGCCUGUCACGCGGGAUAUUUCGGGCACCUACGUGUGCCGGGCCACCAGCAGUCGCGGCGCGGUCACCCACGAGGUGGUUGUGAACGUGAUCCAUCGCCCGAGUAACCUGGCCACCAUCCUUGUGGUGGCAGGCUUCAUUGUGGGCAUCGUGUGCACAGCGGGUCUGGUCGCUUACCUCUAUAACCGCCAGCGGAAGAUCCGGAAGUAUAAGCUACAGAAGGCCCGGGAGCAGGCCGCCCUGAAGCUGAACACGCCACCCUGA